GUUCUGUGACUGCCCAUCCACUACCGAGGAUCCCUGUUCCAACAUCAAGAGUCUGGCCUCAAGUUCCGUAUUUUUUAGUUCUAAUUCCUCGACUCUAGCAUCACGCUUAGCAUUCUCAUCCAUAACCUGCUUUAGAAGCUCGACAUUCCUAGCCUCAAUCUCAGCUUUCUCAGCCUCAAGCUUGGCGUUCUUAGUCUCAAGCUCGCUAAUGCGUUGUCUCAAUAAUUCAAGCUCUGUUGACAUGAUCUAUAAAAUUAUACACUCUACAUAAGCAUUCAAAAUAAAAAAAAAUCACGUGCGCGUGAAGAUUCUUCACGCCGAUCACUUUUGCUAAGAAAAAAAAAUAUUAAUAGGGGUUUACGACCAUCAUACAAGUAGGCACGAUCCCCCUUUGGGAUCAACUUAUUCGUUGUCUCUCUCUUUAGAGACGACGAUAAAUUUUAAAUAUGAAAAUGAGUAUGAAUAAUGGACAGAGGAAAGAAAUGUCUUGUAAUUGGUUGUUGGUUGGAAAGACCCAUUUCUGCGAAAAAUCAGCACGGGAUCAAUAUUGUGCAUCCCACGCAUUCAAAAUACAAAAGGGCGUAAUAAUCCCACAACCAUGUAAAGGAUGUGGACGAGGCACUAAAUCAAGCGUUCAGCUUUGUGUCCAAUGCGGACAAGAAUCAGACAUACAUAGAACAGUACUUAAUUUACUAACUGGUCGAUGGAUCAGCCCGAAUGGAAAGUUAUUCCAGAAGUUGAUUCGCGAAGGUUAUAGAUAUGCUAAUAGACUUUCGGAUUAUUUAGAAGAUAUUGGGACUAUAUGUGACGGUGAAUUUGAACUGGAUCCCUUAGCCGACUUCUACUAUCCAGCCUUAAUUCCGCCCUUAUCUAUCUUAGCAAGUAGAUCGGAUAUUCAUAAAAACUUCCCUAUUACUGUGGACUCUGCUGUUGGGGGUGGGAUGAGUUUAUUUACCCUCGAAAAAAAUAAACGAUCUUCGCUUCAAAACCUAAUGGAAAUGAAUUACAGUAACCUAUCUACAUUGAUAGAGAUAACUUGGGAGCGUGAGGAGACGAAAGCUUGGAGGAAUGACAUACUCGUGAAAUUCCUUCAUCAUCCAAAUUUGGUUCCUUCAAAGUAUAGGCCAAAUUCUUUAUAUGACGCAUUUACCAAGACAAGUGUUUUAGGGCCAGAACAUAUAUUGGCUCUAUCACGAAUUUAAGGCGUGAUUAUGAUAUAAAUAAAUUGUUUAUAGCCCUGGAAUGGUAGUUCCAUGACUAAAU